GCAUGCAUACGUGUUUAUUUGUUGUGGCAAUAUAAUGAAAAAUGAAUAGGAGUGGAACUUCAGACAUCAUGCAAACAACCAUGCAUGUCCAACAAAUCUAUUCAUGCUAAGCCUUAAAUUGUUUUUUUCAUGUCUGAGAAGUUUAUUCAGACUCAGCAUAACUAAAAGUUCUCCUUGAUAAUGAUUGGAUCAAUGAUUUCAAAGCUAUUUUACAUGCAUGUAUGUAUUUAAUUUAAAAUCAAUAUGGAAUAACAUUAAUGAAUUUGCUUAAACGUACUGUGUUAUAUAUUAAAUUUUAAAAAUUCCUUACAUACAGCAAAAAAGAAAUGUCACCAUCAUUGAAUACCUAGGUACGUAGAACACUCUAAACUGAUGUUUUUAUUUGAACCUAGCACUUCCACAUGUGUAAGACAUAAGGCUUUACCGGUAGAGUUAAAAGUUCCAGGUUGCUUUACUUAGCAAAUAGUUUAAUAUAUAGACAGAAGGCAAAUGCUAUACCAAAAACACUUUAAUCAGAGUAGGUUUAACGGAUCGAGUAAUAAAAAAUUUACAUGAUUAAACACAUAUGCAUACCGCAUGAACCUGAUUAAUAUUAAAUCUAUACAGUCUAAUCAAGAACAUUGCUGCUAAAACCAAAAGAGAAAAAGGAAAAAAAAAAAAAGAACAAUGACUACGUUUCUGUUGAUGAAUGGCUAAGAAAAGAUGCUAUCAUGGAGCAUAGAACUUUCCAUUUUUGGAAAUAUUCGAGGGCGAAUACUCUUUUAUAUUUCAAGCCAAAAACUAAAACAUGCAAAGUAUAACAUGUUCUUAACAUUAGUCUUGAGCCGAGUCAUACGGUUUUGUGGGGUCCUCCACCCUUUGGAUCCUUCUUAAAUUGCACACUUCUCUCUUGUUUUUGUGAGAAGAAAGCAACCACUUAAGCAUACGCUCUAAACGGUUCUAAGAUCUUAUAACCAAAACCCAAAGUUCUCAGUGAUGGUGAAUCGUGGCUGUUCAACCACGAUUUUGUCUGGUUCUCUUAUAAUUCUUCUGGUCGUACAACUACACUUUGAGACCACAACGGCAGCUCGACAUGCCCCUGUUGUUUCCUGGUCACCACCUGAGCCGCCUAAAGAUGAUUUUGUCUGGUACCACAAGAUCAACCGCUUCAAGAACAUAGAACAAGAUGCGUUCAGACCAACUCACCAAGGGCCUAGCCAAGGUAUCGGACAUAAGAGCCCUCCUGGUGCUUCUUAAAAUACCCAUUUGGUUUUGGAGAAACUUACCACUUUGUCGCUCAGAGUUCGCGUUUGUUUUUAAUAUUUUGUGUGCUUUUGUUACGUAAAAGAAUAGAAGAAGAAGAGAAGAAGUUGCAUACCAGUUUCUUGUGAAGAGGACAUGAACGGGAAUCAAACAAGAAAAUGAUUUCAGAAUUUCUUUGUCAAAAUUGAUAUAUACUUCAUCCUUUAGAUAAGUCUAUGAAGCCAUCCAUUGCUUAUAGUAUUUAUUAUUUUGGUGUUGUUGUUCUACGUUGAGACUUGAGAUGUAAAUUCUUUUUAGAAGAUAUGUAGUUUUCCUCGUUUAAAAUGAAAUUAAUAAUU